AACAGCAGGCGUGUGGAAAAACGCGAAAACAGUAUUGCACGAGACAAAUACUCUUAAAGACUUAAGAUGAGUCAAGCAGAAACCAGUCGAGACCCCCCUUUCCGCUCAAUAAUCCGUUCUUCAGGGCUUGCUGAAGUUUGGACCCACACCCACGAUAAGCUGAAAUUUGACCAGUUUGGUUGGAGAUGCACCACCAAGGAAAAUGCAUACAAUAACAACACUCUUAUUGGCAACUGGGAUGAGGAGAGAUAUGAUAUUGAGAAACAAAAGAUUCCACAGCGGUUGCCCUCUCAGCAUAAUCAUUAUUUUGAGACAACAUAUGGAGUAGCCCACAAUACACAGCCUAGGAAAGUUCCAGAAAGCUUGAAACACCUGAAAAUGCGCUAUCAUAAUGCAUUUCCCCACCACCAACCAGAACUAGAUACAAAUACAGCCAAAGAAAUAAACAACAGUUGGGAAACCACCACCAGGGUAUCAUACUGUGAUCCAAGAGUAAGGCAACAGCCCCUCGAGCCACCAGCCCAGACUGUGCAACCAGUGUCACUUGAAAAACCUACGUCCCCAGUAAAAGCAUUGUCACCAGUUCAGCCUGCACCUGUCACAGACAUGGGACAAAUGCAAAUGGGAAGUGCCCCAGAAAUUCCUCCUCAGCCCGCUCUGGCUGGUGCUCCUAUAGAGGGCAGCACUCCCUCACUAAUGGACCUUUACCACCAACAACAAACUCUCCACAGGGAAAGCCCUAUACAGAUGACACAGCCAGAGAAAAGUUUUACGCAGAAGAAGCAAGUUUCCUUUGCUUGAUCAUUUCGGAGAAACAAAGACGGACCAUUUAAAAGAGUUCACUGAAAACUGAUCAAGUGGAUUAGGAACAGAAAAUGAACGGAUAGGCUAAAUGUGCUGACCUUAUUUAGCCAUUGCAUGGAAUCAUACACAGAGUGACUGUGCUGUUAUCGUUUCCAUUUAUCUUUCACUUUUAGGGUCUUCUCCUCAUUCUUUUCUAUUUUUUCCUUUCCAGACUCUACUUUCAGCCUUCAUUUCUCGUUUUCUCCAGCAUUGCAGUUACUUCUCUUUAAACCUCUUCUUUUCUUUGUAAUAAUCUCAUCUUUCAUUUUUUUCUACUUUAUCUAUCAUCUUCACCUUUCCUCUCAGAAAAAGACCCUCGGACCUUUCCGUGUCAUCAACCCGAGCUUGACCAUCCAGAGGACAAACAGAAAUAUGUCGACAUGACGACAUGCUAUAGAGCAGCUUUCUGGCAAUCUCCAAUGGCAGCAAAAGUGACCAACCCCCAAGACAAAUUAUAAGACAUUUCAGCCAUGAAAGUUUAAGGCUAUACAUGUAAGACUUUUCUCUUUACUGUAAAGAGGAGAACAGAUAGAACACUGUAGUGUUGAGUAGAAAAUCAUGUUCAUUAAAAAUUAUUUUGAAUUGUUGACAUUAACGUCACUAAGUAAUAAUUAAUAUCAAAUUAACAGUUAAAAUCAAAACUGAAAGAACUGGACAAAAAAUAUAUUGGGAAAUUAUAUUCUUUGUAAAAAGUGAAUAUUCAGCAGUGCUCAAAAAUAGAUAAUUGUGGUA